AUGGAAUCCGAAACUCUUCCUACUUCGCAUGUAGAUAAUCAAUCAUACUCCGAUGACGUUGUUGGGAAUGCAGAUUUAAAUAUACCAGAAUGCCCUAUAGAGCUUAAACCAUUUGUUGGUCGUAGCUUCCCCACGUUGGACAACGCGAUUGAGUUUUAUGAGAACUAUGGUCGACGUGUCAGAUUUGAUACAAGGAAGAACGGUUCAAAGAAGGUUGAUGAUAUCACCAUAUGGUUUUACAUGGUGUGUAACAGAGAGGGUGAACAUAAGUUUAACGAUAAGCAACCCAAACGACGACGUAAAUCCAAAAAAUGUGGAUGUAAUGCUUGUGUUGCAUUCAAAUUCCAUUAUGACCGUGGUUACGUAAUUCAACACUUUAACGAAGAACACAACCACCCCAUGGUUGAGGUACAACACCAGAAGUUCAUGAGAUUAAAUCGUCAACUUGAACCAGUUCAUCAAAAAUUUAUUUCAGAUUGUGCUAGUGCUAAUAUCGGGCCAUCUCUCACUUUCAAGCUAUUGACUGAAUUGAUGGGCGGUUAUGAGUCUGUUGGGUGUACUGUGUUGGACAUCCGUAACUACACACGGGACAUCAGAAGAUACACUGAAAGAUAUGACGCCCAAAUGAUUAUAGAUGAGUUGAAGAAGAAGAAGGAAAAUUGUGAUGCCUUCACGUACGAGUAUGAAGUUGAUUCCUAUAGUCGCCUGAUUCAUUUAUUCUGGUAUGAUCCUAUGGCCAAGAUGAAUUUCUUGCAAUUUGGUGACAUCGUUUCGUUUGAUACUACGUACUCAACUAAUAGGUACUCAAUGAUUUUCGCUUCGUUCACUGGUAAGGACAACCAUGGGUGCGCAGUGUCCUUUGGACCUGGUUUGCUUUGUAGUGAGAGCGCAGAUUCGUUCUCUUGGCUGUUUAAGCAGUUUGUGAAGUGCAUGGGCAUACAUCCCAAGUUGAUAAUUACUGAUCAAGACUUGGGCAUGAAAGUAGCCAUUGAAAAAGUUCUUGUGAAUACACGUCACAGAUGGUGUAUGUGGCACAUCAUGGCAAAAGUUGCUGAAAAGGUUCCUAAGUCACUUCUUGGUAAUCCUGAUUUUAAAAAGGAUUUGAAUUCAUGCGUUUGGUCUGAGUUAAUUGAAUCCACUGACUUUGAAGACACGUGGAAGAAUGUGAUGGAGACUUAUGCACUUGUUGGCUCUGAAUGGUUCGUUUCUAUGUUCGAAUCAAGAAAGUAUUGGGUUCCAGCCUACUUUAGGGACUUUCCUAAUAGUUCUUUGAUAAAGACGACAUCUGUUUCGGAAUUGCAGAAUAGUUUUUUCAAGAGGUAUACUCAGUCCAGGGCGAACCUUGUUGUUUUUUUAAUGAAUUUCAAUAAUGUUGUUGAUGCCCAACGAAACUACUCCGCAAAGCUGGAUUGUAUGGAUUAUAAUACUACUGCAAAGAUGAAAACAAUAUGGUCUAUUGAGAAGCAUGCAUCCACAAUAUUUACUGAUGGUGCAUUCAAGGAAAUUCAAGAACAGAUUCUGGAGGCUUAUAACCACUGCAGUCUGGUAUCAAUAUCUAAUGACUCAAGUCCAGAGGUUUACAAGGUUGUAGAUCAUUUUUCAAACACAUGGUCUGUCACAUUAUCUGUGGAGGAUUCUGUUUGUCUAUGUGGUUGUAAGAUGUUUUCUAGGACUGGUCUUGUUGUUCAUGCCGUCCAAAACCCAGAUGUAGCAACGCAUGUUUAUGUUGAUGAGAAGAAGAAGGCCCAAGCAAUUUUGUUGGGAGAGAUGUUUGGUCUUUACCAGGCUGUGUCUGUUGAUAUUGAUCAAAUUUAUGAGCUAACAUCUAUAGUGCGUGAAGCUCGACAACAGAUUUUUGCCGAUGGGGUUGUAACGUCUACAGCCCAGAAGAAGAAAAUAAUGGAGGAAUUUUAUGGGGCUGAGGCACCCCAGGAAGUAGAUGUACAUCCACCUGAAGUCGUUAGCACGAAGGGAUGUGGUAGUAGAGUCCCUUCAAGAGUCUAG